GUCGUUGUCGGAAUCGCUAUGCGGUGGAUAUUCAUAGCAGAAAUCCUGCUGGCGUUGGCCGUUCUGUCAACGGCUCAAACUUCUGGAGCAAGCGAGAUCUGUGGUACGAUACCUUCGUACGCCUUUUUUGAGAGUACAGACGAUUGCAGUGCCUUCAUUUUUUGCAAUGAAAGAGAGGAAGUAAUCUAUCAGUGUCACGAUGACGAAAUAUGGUCUCAGGUGAAUGGGGCGUGUGUGCGGGGCAAUGCAGAAACAUGUGAACCAUGGACGGCGGAAAUCGAGUGCGUUAACAAGACAGAAGGACAACUCGUUGCAUAUCCUGAAGAUUGUGGUAGAUUCAUCUUGUGCGGUACAAACGAGGCUAUUGUGCAAGAAUGUGAACGGGGGAUGAUUUUCGAUGAACUAGAAUCCAAAUGCGUCAUCGGAAGAUUGAACGGGUGUGAAUUCCUUACAAAAUCUUGUGAUGAUAAUGAAGAUAAUCGCUGGGAGCACCCUGACCAUUGUGAUAUUUUCAUUGGGUGUUCAGAGAAUAAUACCAUCUUGGAGCCCUGUCCUGAGGGAUAUAUAUUUUGGGAAGAUUUUCAAAUUUGCUUUCCUGGCGAUGUACCAACUUGUGAAGCACUCCCCUUAGAGGAGAUGUGUGUGAACAGAACAAAUCAAGUAUUAGCGCAUCCCGACCGCUGUCAAUCGUUUGUUCAAUGUAAUAAUGAUGAGUCGAUUGAAGAGGAUUGCCCAAGUGGUCGGAUCUUUCAUCCAAGGAAUGUGACAUGCAUAGUAGGAAGCAUUUUAAGCGACGGUACCUGUGAGUCCCUGGAUCAAAUUUGUACAAACUCCACGAGUGGUGAUGUGUUUGAGCAUUCGGAGGAUACAUGUGAUAUAUACAUCCAAUGUUUGGACAGUGCAACUCCUCAGAUUAAUUUCUGUGCACCGGGAAGAAUAUGGAGCCAAAGAUGGCUUAUGUGCAUCCCUGGAAACCAGAAUGACUGUCAACCAUCUUCUCUUGAAACUAUGUGUAAUAAUCAACCAUUUGGAACUAGAUUCCCCCAUCCGACGGACUGUACGAAGAUCGUUAGCUGCAAUGUUGUAGAUUAUACUGAAAUAUCCUGUCCAGUCGGUUAUAUUGUGGAACCUGGUACACUCAACUGCAUCCUUGGAGUUCGGGGAGAGUUCAACAACUGCACAUCUCUUGCGGACAGUUGUACAACCAAUCCGAAUGCAGUUGUACCUUUUCCUGGUGAAUGUGAGAGGUACAUACAGUGCCAAAACGGAUCUCCUAGUCUGAUGUACUGUUCACCUGGUGGAAUCUUUGUAGAAGAUUUAGGACGUUGCGCUCCCGGUGACAUCGAAGAAUGCUUGCUACUGCCGUGCAAUAACCAAACCGAUGUACAUCCAAACUACUGCCACAUAUUUGUCACUUGUAAUAACGACCAAGUUAGCGCAGCUCUUUGCCCAUAUCAGCACAUUUUCCAUCGUCAUAUGUUGCGAUGUACCCCUGGCGAUGAAUCCACAUGUGAAUAUGACCCACUGGAAACGAUGUGUGUUGGAAGGUUUACUAAUAGUAUUUAUCCAUACCCGUCGGCGGAACUGCGUUGCGAUGUAUCAAUAAGGUGCAACAAUGGCGUAUCUGAGCAACAAUUUUGUCCCGCGGGAAUGGUUCAUAAACGAGAAACUCUGGAAUGUGUCCUUGGUGAUGACACGAACUGUGAUGUUUUAAAUUGGAGUUGUGCUGAAAAUGACCCAUGGAGGAGGACCCAUCCAAUUGAUUGCAACGUUAUAGCCAUAUGCGAAGGAGGAAACAUUGUAACAGACACAUGUGACCCAGGACAGAUGUUUGAUGACGAUCUGUUGAACUGCAUUCCUGGAAACUGUGAAUCCACUGACCCUUUAGACACGAUUUGUGAUGGACAAAUCGAUGGAGCGUUGGUACCUCAUUGGGAUUCGGAAAACUGUGCAGAUUACUACGAGUGUCAAGAUGAAGAUCCUGUCGAAAGAAGCUGCCCAGAGGGUCACAUUUUCAAUAGAGAUGAUAGAAUUUGCAUUGCAGGAACUGUUUCUGAUUGUGAAGAUCUUAGCGGUCACUGCAUUGGAGUACCGAACGGCAACCAGAUUUUUCCCGAUGCAGCAAAAUGCAACCUGUAUCUGAAAUGUAUGGAUGGAAUAACAACUGUGGGAACCUGUGAUGCUGAAGAAAUUUUCCAAGAAACCAUCGGAGUUUGUGUUCCUGGUUCAGUCACAGACUGUGCCAUGUUACCACUGGAUUUCUGGUGCAAUGGAAGAGAAAAUAAUGAAUUUCCGCAUCCAACUGUGUGUACCAAUUAUGUGGUUUGUGAAGACCAGACCAUGACUAUCCUCACCUGCAGUAGGGGGAACGUUUACAGUGGAAUUAAUAAACGGUGCUUAGCCGGCUUAGAAUCCGACUGUAGUUUGUUCGAUGUAUGUUUGGAUGAACUUGACGAAACAAUAUUGCCACACCCAGUAAAUUGUGAUCUCUAUGUGCGCUGUUUGGAAGAACUGGGUACGGCAGAUGCUUGUGAAUCUGGAAACAUCAUCACUGCUGAAACGGGCAACCGGUGUGUCCCAGGGGAUGUGGGUACCUGCACAGUAACGGUUGAUAGUUUAUGCGCUGGAAUAUUGGAUGGAACACAGCUUCCUCACCCCGAUACCAGUAACUGCGAAGAAUACAUUGUGUGUGAUAACCAGAUAUCCACCACUGCGCGGUGUCUAAAUGGGGAGAUUUUCCAUCGGCCAGAGAUCAUAUGCAUUCCUGGAAUUCCUCAAGCAAGUGAUGGUUCUCAAUGUAUCGAUCUUCGCGAUCGUUGCACUGGAAGAUCGGAUGGGAACUACGCACUACCCGAAAGAUGCGAUUUGUAUAUAGUUUGUGCCUCGGCGCAAACGACUGUACAAUCAUGUCCAGACGGGCAAAUAUUUCCAGACGAUGCAGUUGGUAGCUGUGUCCCAGGAACUGUGAGUACCUGCGAGGUGUCUGUCUAAAAAAGUUGUAUUCACUGGAAAAGCUAAAUAUAUUUAUAAGAACUUGAUUAUUCAGAGAGAGAGAGAGA